AUGCAGAUUGCUUCUACAAACAUUUGUGAAAGAAUGGGUCGCUCUCAGGAGCUCAGUGAAUUCAAGCGUGGUACCAUGAUAGGUUGCCACCUGUGCAAUAAAUCCAUCCGUGAAAUUUCCUUGCUACUAAAUAUUUCAUGGUCAACUGUUAGUGGUAUUAUAACAAAGUGGAAGCAACUGGGAACAACAGCAACUCAGCCACGAAGUGGUAGGCCAUGUAAAAUGACAGGAGCGGGGUCAGCGCAUGCUGAAGAGCACAGUGUGCAGAAGUUGGCAACUGUCUGCAGAGUCAAUAGCUAAAGACCUCCAAACUUCAUGUGGCCUUCAGAUUAGCACAACAACAGUGUGUAGAGAGCUUCAUGGAAUGGGUUUCCAUGGCCGAGCAGCUGCAUCCAAGCCUUAAAUCACCAAGUGCAAUGCAAAGCGGCAGAUGCAGUGGUGCAAAGCACUCCACCACUGGACUCAACAGCAGUGGAGACAUGUUCUCUGGAGUGACGAAUCACACUUCCCUAUCUGCAAUCCGAUGGACGUGUCUGGAUUUGGCAGUUGCCAGGAGCACGGUACUUGCCUGACUGCAUUGUGCCAAGUGUAAAG